AUGCCCCUCACCGAUGAUGAACGCCACCUCUACCGCACCUGGCUCGACGCUACCCAUCUCUCACACGCUCCCUAUUCCGACCGUCUAACGAGAGCAUGGCACGACUACUGUGCUGCCUUCGCUCAUGACCGCGAUGUCUCCCCCACGUUUCCACACGUUCGCCUCGGCCACUUGAUGAACAACACUAUCGCCCAUUUCCAAUUCGCAAACGCCAUGAUCAAUCGCUGGCCAUUGCCGAUCCGCUCCGACCUCAACCGUACCUGUAGCCUCUCUUCUUCAAUCGAGAGUCCGUCUCCACUACCCUUUCAUACAUGGGGUCAGCCACGAUACAUCGAGCGCCGGAAACAGGCUACAGCUGUCUGGUACUCUCUACUGCACUUCCUGGUCUUCCACUGGUCGGCUUAUGGCGGCAUUGAUACUCCCAUUCAUAACAUGGGCCUGCAACUAUCACGCCAGUACUGCGAUCUCAUCGCCGAUCUCCGUUCCUACGCCACUAUUCAACUUCGUUUCCCACCCCGAGAAACCGCCGUUAAAGACGUCGUCGAGGAGUUCUUCCUUCUCGCCUUGACCGACCCGCAUCCGACUCCUCGUACGAAUCCUCUACUUUGGUGGCUUGGAGUCCUGAUCCACGCCGAUGUCGUCCACCAGCUUCCUCCUUUACCUAUUCCGGGUCUCCACGACAGACUCGACCUCACCGCCAAACUCGACGCUCUCGAUCACUAUGCCCGCGUUCUGAUCUUCCACAACACCUACAUGCGAUGGACAGACCCCCAACCUUUCUUCCAGCCUGCUCCGGAAUCCAAAAUUGACGUGGCACGAUGGGUCGACUCUGCCGACAUCGCCUGGGUUGGUCAGAAUAAAGAAAUACCCCCUGAUACCAGUCCCCAGCCUGAUCUCUCCACUCCUGGCUGGGUGGAGUUCAGAUCCCAACUACAAGCCGAGAUUGACUCCUGGCUCGUCCGUGAUAGCCCCGGCCCCAUGCGCGACUUUACCGCCCUCCGAAGCGGGACCUUGCCCCCCGAUCGUCCAUCCCAGCCAGAGCAAGCUCCCACUACAGGCUUCUGCAUCAAAUAUGUCGCUGUCUAUGACUGGACACAGGACCCCAAAAUCCUCUCCAGUACCUACCCUGCAACCCUAAAGCGUCACUUCUCCUCCUUGGAUGCUGCGAACCGCCAAGUGUCGAAGGUCGUGUCCAGUACCCUACGUCGUGAGCUCGAGGAUCCUCCCGAAGAAUACGAUCUGGAUGUGUUGGACGAUAUAUUCCCACUAGGCGAGGACAACGCCUUGGCUGUCCAAUGGGACCGCGCCGAAGAUAUAGACGGCUUCGCUAGAUCCCGUGCUAUCUAUGUCAGUAGGUGGGAGGCUACGAAAGUGCUUGCCUGGGUUGAGAGAGUCGCUAUUUGA